UACAUAACAUGCAAAUGCAUGUGCGUAAAUUAAUGUACAUUGCGUUCCGGGAAAUAUAAAAUAACGUAAGUUAUUUUAUAAAAAUCUAAAGUUUAUCUUUUAAAUAUACGUCCAUAUUUUUUUCGUUACUUUAAAAGACCGAAUGUCGAUGCACUUUUAAAAUUGAUAUAAUAUAUUUGUGUCCUCUGUACGAGGAUUAGGCAGAUCAACUUCCACUCUAUAGAAGUACAUGCAUAUACAUGCACUAAUGACAUUAUUAACGUAUAAGCCCAAUGAUGUUGUAAGUGGUAUUAGUGGUAGUAACUGGAAUAGUAGUAUUAGUAGUAGUAGUAAUCUUUGAAGAGGAAAUGCUAAAAGAAGAAGGGAGGAAGGGGGCCCAGAUCCCAGAUAAAGCGUUUGACCCUCGCCCCUUCAAUGACCUGACAGAGAUAUCGUUAGACUGAAAAUCACUGAUGUAUCAUCUACCACAGUCAUAUGUGUGUUCGUCGAACAGCAAACAAGCCAUGCUGUUGCUGAUCACAGUCCUUCAAAUAUUUCGAAACGAAUGAAAUAUAGUAAACUAUGUUAAUCGUAUAAACGAAAAAGUAUUUAUUGAAAAUAUUCAUAUUAUUUACCCGAGAAAAAAUAAUUCAUUCAAUUUUAUUAUUUCGUUGUUACAUUUAUUAUUUUAUCUUGUUAGUUUUGUCUUGUACAAACAUGAGAGUUUUCUAUCAACUUUUCUUCCUCCUAUUCUGUUCUUCUUUCUUCGUUUGCCAAGCUGAAGAUACCAAAGUUAAUGCGACAGAAGCGGAACAACUAGCCGCUGGUGAGAAACGUCUCGGUGAUCAUAUACGUGCGAUCUUGAAACAUUAUCAACAACAUGAUCCAGUUGGAUUACCCGGUGCACCAAUACCCGAUCCCAUGCCAGUGCCCGAUAUGAAACAUUCUUUUUCCAUGUACACCAUGACAUUCAAACAGAUCAACGUUUACGGAUUAUCCAAAUUCCGUAUCGAACAUCUCAAAUCUGAAUUAGCAUUGAUGCAGGUUUCGGCUGCAUUGAGUAUUACGAGACUCGAUAUUCGUGGAUUGUACACCCUGGCAUCCUGGCUAUCGAGAUCAGCUGGCAACUUUACUGUUAUAUUAACAGGAGUAAACAUCGAAGGUGUAGCAAGAUUGGAAGUUGGAGCUGACGGUAAAUUGCAAGCUCAGGACAUUGACAUGGACUUAACUUUUGAAAAUAUCGACAUGGACUUCAAAAAUCUUGGCUUUUUGGGCUCCGUCUUUCAAGGUGUUAUUAACUCAGUAGGAGCUUUUAUAUUCGAUAGUAUCAAACCGUUCAUUUUGAAGGAAGUUAAUACUAAUAUGAGAGGCGAGGUGAACAAACAGAUAUCCCAGUUGCCGCAAUAUUUCCCCAAUUCGAUAUCACCGUUUGACAUGGCGGUUGCCGAGGGUCGUAGACAAGUUUCACAAAUGGGCUACGAUCCGUAUAGACUUAAGGAUUAUAGUCAAAAUGUUGGUAUUUUUACUGUUAUGUCAUCGCACACUUGGAUCACCGGGUUGGCAAGUUUUUAUCGUAUGGGUAACAUUACCCUUAGCAUGGAAAAUCGGACCGUAUAUGCGGUCUUGGAUGUUGGAACACAGGAGAUUGAAGGAAGAACGCAUUGGGAAGUAAGCGUAAUUGGUGGCGUCCUGUCGAGAGCAGGUACAGUGUCCUUCACUGUUCAAUACUUCAGAGUUCAACUAAACCUAAGCCAACCACUUGACACACGCAAACGACCAACUUUGGAAGAACUCGAUUUGGAAUUAGGCAACAUUCAGGCACGAAUACACGGUGCCGGUACUCUCGAUUAUGUUAUGGAAGCCAGCAUCAAUAUACUGCCAAAUCUUUUGAGGUAUCAAAUAAUGGACGCAAUCGAGGGACCUCUGAAGAGACGAAUACAAGAAGAAUUAAAUAACAUAGACGUCGAGAAACUUAUAAAUGAAAAAAUACCGGAAAUAGAAGAACACGCGAAAUUCUUGCAAGGAUUAUCUCCACCUGACGAAAUUAUAUUAGAGGAUCCUGUACCUCCCCAAAUGCCGGACGAUCUGACUCCGUUUUCGGAAAGCGAAGAGGAACGAGGACCCUCGUAAAAUUUUCAACUUAAAUAAAGAGAAAGAAAGAUAUUAAAGAAAAAAAAAAGAAAUACAUUUCCAAAGAAGUUUUAAUCUUCGAAGAGAAAAAAGGAACUAUGUAAACACUCGAUGUUGACUUAGAGACGUUAAUUUUAAAAUAUAUCUAAAUUUUGUUUUCCAAUCAGGUGUGGCUUUUUGCCAGAAAGUUUGCUCGCUAUUUACUGCAACACGUGCAAGUGUGCGCGCGUGUACGUAUAUGCAGUUAAUACUGUAAUGUAAGUCAACUAUGUAACAGGUACAGGGAAUGAUAAAAAUAAAACUUCCAAGUGUGA